AUGAACAAGAAUUACGAAGACAUAAAGUCGAUUAUUGUUUCUACCGUUUCUUUGCUUUGUAAAAAUGGACUGUCACAUCAUCAAUUGAAGAUUGAAGGAUUAUUAGCGUUGACCAUCAACAGCAAAGACAUUGUCCUAAUUAAUUUUGCCGAAAAUUUCACUCAUGAGUCUGUUGUGGAUAAUACACCUACGAGCUCUGUAAUACAAAGGUCUGUUUUUACUUCAAAAGAUAGUGAACCAUGCAUUAUAGAAACCUCAAGCGACUCUAUACUCAGUGAAAGGAGGGUAACUUCAGAUUUCAAGGUUCUUAACAACAGCAUAAUAAAUGAAGAUAAGAAAAACGAAAUACAUUUGCUUAAUUUGAGUGAGGAUACAGUUCACCACAUUGUCAAGCCAGAAAAAACUGGGGAACUUGUUUCAAAUGAUAAUCAAUGUUCUGAGACAACUGGAAACAUUAGUAUGCAGAGUAAUUUGAACGUUCACAAUUCUAAAUUCACAGGUUUAAGAAACAAAAAGAUAUUUAAACAUCAAUGUUCUGAAAACACCAUCGAUUAUUUGACCACAAAUUUGACUACACAACCUGCAAUUUAUCAUUCUUCACAAUUCUUUGAAUCAUCAUGCCAAAAAGAUAUUGACAAUUUGUUCAGGAAACAGUACAUAUGCGAGUUUCCAAGUUGUAGUAAACCUUACAGCACUAGAAGAAGCAUGCUAAGACACCAAACAGUAGCCCAUGGUCGAAUACCCUGCUUUAAAAAAUCGAAAUCUUAUAACCAAGUCAUGAAUGAAUUAAAGUCUCGUACAACAUUGUAA